AGUGUUUGUCGUAUGGUUGCAACGCUUCCAUACCUUUACGCGCACAGGUGCCGCUUUCAAUCGGUCGUUUGUUCCUUGCACUUGCCGACGAGCAAGCCCUGUAAGAGCAUGGCUGCUUUUGCGGGGGCCCUAGCACUUGGGGCUGCAUCAGCCCUUGGCAUUAGGGAAAUUUUGGUACGCUUUGUGCGAGGCCAGCGUAGGAAAGGGACAAACAACGUAAAGCAUUCGUCGGACCACGUCAACCCGACGAGCCAGUCUUCAUGGAAUCCAGCCAAGCAUGUGCCUCAUCCUCAUCCAGGCUGGCGACCUGGAGACUCUCAGCCGUGCCCGCUGCCUGAUGCUACAAACUUUCUUGCGGUUGAUGCGGAUGUCACCCCGAGUAGCGAGCUAUACCCGCUCGUCAUUUCGGCUGUGGUUCCCCGCCCUAUCGCUUUCGUUUCAACUGUUGAUGCUGAUGGGACUGUUAACCUUUCGCCAUACAGCUUUUUCAACGCAAUGGGCUUCAAUCCCCCAACAGUGGCUAUCGGGCUGUGCCACUCGCCGGGCCGGCCGGAUGGAAAGAAGGACACGCUGCACAACAUCGAGCUCACCGGUGAGUUCGUGGUUAACAUCAUCAGCGAGUGGUUCAUUGAGGCCGCCAACCACACCUGCGGGGACUACCCGCCCGGGGUGGACGAGAUGAGGCUGGCGGGCCUUACACCACUGCCCUCCACCAAGGUGCGGCCGCCCCGUGUUGCCGAGUCCGCCGUGCACAUGGAGUGCAAGCUGCGACACAUACAUCACGUGCAUGACGCCUCUGGCGCCGUGAGCACCUCCAUUGUGAUCGGCCAGGUGCUGGCCUACCACAUCUCCUCCGCAGUGGCCGCCCGCAGCCCCUCAGGCAAACUGGUGGUGGACCUGACCCGACUAGCACCCGUGGCGCGAUGCGGCGGAUUCACCUACGCACGAGCCUCCGAGCUGUACGACAUGCCGCGCCCCGACAGGGAGGGCAGGUACCCGCAGGGCUUUCUGCAGGAGCAGCGGCAGCAGGAGCAGCCGCAGGGGGGCUUCGCUAUGCUUAAUGGGCCGAAGCCACUGCAGCAGCCGCAGCAUUAGGGUGUGCCGAGCCAUGGGUGAAACAGCUGAGGGUGCAGACAGGUGCAGGAACGUGUAAAUAUGCGUGUUGGAAUGGGUGUGGUCAUAGUUGUAGGAUGAAGGUUUUGCGCUGUACACUAGCAGGCGGUUGGAGGUUGUGCGAUAUGAGCCAGGGAUGGAGGUUCACAGAAGUGGGACGAAUACCACCAUCGUCCUAAAAGGAUGGAUGCUGGCCAGGCAGGCCAAGGAUUUCGGGGAAACUGUCUAUAGGGAAACGAACUUGCGGUCGACAGGCGCACCGACGGCUGUCCACAGCUGUCAGCUGGAGUGACACCAAGUCCGACAUGUUGUGAGGGGAACGUCUGUUCCGUGGCUGUUUCAUGAUGUUGGCUGACGUCACGUUGGGUGUUGUACAUUCGAUUAUGAAACCGGCUCCGGGGAUAGGUGAAGCAGCAUUCACCAAACAGAGCUGGAACGGUGUACUAACUGGAAGGCGG